UGUUUUCCAUUGUGACACACAGCAUCUCAGAGCAGGAUCUCCUGGCCUCUGUGAACUCCACUGGGACGCUUUGCAAUUUCAGCAUGGGAGACCUCGCAUGCUCCUCGCUGGAAUCUCUAUCUGCGGACGGCUUGGCCACACUGCUGGAGUGCAAGCUUCCCAACAGCAACAGUUAUCCCAAAGAAACCUGGAAGGCCUUCUUUGUCAAAGUGGCCGGCAUCCUUGAUGAAGCCCUUGUCCAAUAUUCUGGCAAGGUCCAAAACCUCACUCUGUCCGUGCCCACGGUCCUCGAAGUGAUACGAGAAGUCAAACUCAACGACUUAACUGAAGCGCAGUUGAAAGACAAAGCAUUCAUCAGCCAGUGGUUUAACAUCAGACUGGGGCCAUUUUUACCAUCUGUGACCCCAAUGUUCCUGACAUGCCUAACCAACCAGAGUUUCAGUUGUGAGACCUUCCAGGCUGUGGUGGCAGCUCUCAGCAACCGGUCAACAGCCAUGAAUGAGGAGCAAAAGAAAGCCAUCUUCACUAGCUUCCUGUAUCCGUUCCUAUCAAGAGGAGACUCAUCAGAUCCUGGCUGCAUUACUGGCACCGUGGGCAGCAAAGACUGGCUUCAGACUAACUUUGGCCAAUUUUCGGUUUAUGCGCCUCUGGAAGAUCUACAAAAACUCAAUGUCAACUUCUCCAGCUUUGAGUCUCUGGAACUGCUGACACCAUCCCAGGCAGCGCAGCUGACUCUGACGUCCGGAGCACUGAAUGACACCACCAAAAUCACGGCCAUCUUUCAAGUCCUGUUGGUGGGAGAUGCUCUCGAAAAUGUUGACGCGUUUCUGACGACGCUGAGCGCGGCUCCUGAGAUUCCAGAUAUUGCCCCUCCCGUGAGAGACUUUGUCAUGAACAGCACCUUCCAAGUCAUCAGUGUCAAUUUCUUGCACUUUGAUGUAUCAGCCUGGAUCUCCUGGUUCCAAGUGAAACUCAUUCCUAUUCUCCCCAGUUUCACUACAGUGAUGCUCACUCAAACAACUGCACAGGCAAACUGCACCAACUACCAAGUCAUUGUGAGAGGAAUGGGCAUCGUCUUCGAAAAGAUGCCGCUGAGCAGAAGAAAAGGAAUCGCCAACGUCCUCGUCCAACAUCUCAAGCAAUUUUCCGCCACGUUCAGCGAGAUAGCCUGCAGACUUGACAUCCGGAAUGAUGCCCAAUGGCUAGAGGUCAACCUGGGUCCUUUCGCCAAAGAAGUAGACUACUCUGCUUUGAAGGAGCUGAACAUUACAGGACUGGCAACUUUGGAUUUGCUUUCACCAGAGCAGAAAGCUGAGCUGGUUCUGGAUCCCAGCACCGGUGCUCUGGAGAAUGUGACUGUCUUGAAGGAAGUCUUUGUCAGCGUAACAGCAUCUCCAGAAGUUGAGCAACUCGACGACUUCUUCCAGACUUUUGUCAUUUUCACAAUACAGCAAAACAUCACCUACAUUACAAACACUGCUGUGAGAGACACCAUGCUCAACCUGACACUGACAGCCCUGGCUCCCAGAUUCCCCACCUUCCAACCCAGCGACUUCACCUUGUGGUUCCAAGUCAAUCUGGCUGUUCUGCUGGUCAGCAUCCGUCCUGCGAGUCUGAACGUCAUCCCCAUGAACAUCAGCUGCGACUCUCUCAAAGCCAUAAUCGGGGCUUUUGACAAAUCUUUGAAAACGCUCCCACCGGGUGUCUCAGCAGACCUCCAGUCAAGCAGAGACUACCUGGAACAGAGGUUGCCUCCAGGCUGUACACCACCACCACCUCCAGUGGGCGUGUGCGCAGAGACCGUGGUGGAUGAGGAGAGUCUUUGUGCUAACGCCAGCAGCAUCUCAGAGCAGGAUCUCCUGGCCUCUGUGAACUCCACUGGGACGCUUUGCAAUUUCAGCAUGGGAGACCUCGCAUGCUCCUCGCUGGAAUCUCUAUCUGCGGACGGCUUGGCCACACUGCUGGAGUGCAAGCUUCCCAACAGCAACAGUUAUCCCAAAGAAACCUGGAAGGCCUUCUUUGUCAAAGUGGCCGGCAUCCUUGAUGAAGCCCUUGUCCAAUAUUCUGGCAAGGUCCAAAACCUCACUCUGUCCGUGCCCACGGUCCUCGAAGUGAUACGAGAAGUCAAACUCAACGACUUAACUGAAGCGCAGUUGAAAGACAAAGCAUUCAUCAGCCAGUGGUUUAACAUCAGACUGGGGCCAUUUUUACCAUCUGUGACCCCAAUGUUCCUGACAUGCCUAACCAACCAGAGUUUCAGUUGUGAGACCUUCCAGGCUGUGGUGGCAGCUCUCAGCAACCGGUCAACAGCCAUGAAUGAGGAGCAAAAGAAAGCCAUCUUCACUAGCUUCCUGUAUCCGUUCCUAUCAAGAGGAGACUCAUCAGAUCCUGGCUGCAUUACUGGCACCGUGGGCAGCAAAGACUGGCUUCAGACUAACUUUGGCCAAUUUUCGGUUUAUGCGCCUCUGGAAGAUCUACAAAAACUCAAUGUCAACUUCUCCAGCUUUGAGUCUCUGGAACUGCUGACACCAUCCCAGGCAGCGCAGCUGACUCUGACGUCCGGAGCACUGAAUGACACCACCAAAAUCACGGCCAUCUUUCAAGUCCUGUUGGUGGGAGAUGCUCUCGAAAAUGUUGACGCGUUUCUGACGACGCUGAGCGCGGCUCCUGAGAUUCCAGAUAUUGCCCCUCCCGUGAGAGACUUUGUCAUGAACAGCACCUUCCAAGUCAUCAGUGUCAAUUUCUUGCACUUUGAUGUAUCAGCCUGGAUCUCCUGGUUCCAAGUGAAACUCAUUCCUAUUCUCCCCAGUUUCACUACAGUGAUGCUCACUCAAACAACUGCACAGGCAAACUGCACCAACUACCAAGUCAUUGUGAGAGGAAUGGGCAUCGUCUUCGAAAAGAUGCCGCUGAGCAGAAGAAAAGGAAUCGCCAACGUCCUCGUCCAACAUCUCAAGCAAUUUUCCGCCACGUUCAGCGAGAUAGCCUGCAGACUUGACAUCCGGAAUGAUGCCCAAUGGCUAGAGGUCAACCUGGGUCCUUUCGCCAAAGAAGUACACUACUCUGCUUUGAAGGAGCUGAACAUUACAGGACUGGCAACUUUGGAUUUGCUUUCACCAGAGCAGAAAGCUGAGCUGGUUCUGGAUCCCAGCACCGGUGCUCUGGAGAAUGUGACUGUCUUGAAGGAAGUCUUUGUCAGCGUAACAGCAUCUCCAGAAGUUGAGCAACUCGACGACUUCUUCCAGACUUUUGUCAUUUUCACAAUACAGCAAAACAUCACCUACAUUACAAACACUGCUGUGAGAGACACCAUGCUCAACCUGACACUGACAGCCCUGGCUCCCAGAUUCCCCACCUUCCAACCCAGCGACUUCACCUUGUGGUUCCAAGUCAAUCUGGCUGUUCUGCUGGUCAGCAUCCGUCCUGCGAGUCUGAACGUCAUCCCCAUGAACAUCAGCUGCGACUCUCUCAAAGCCAUAAUCGGGGCUUUUGACAAAUCUUUGAAAACGCUCCCACCGGGUGUCUCAGCAGACCUCCAGUCAAGCAGAGACUACCUGGAACAGAGGUUGCCUCCAGGCUGUACACCACCACCACCUCCAGUGGGCGUGUGCGCAGAGACCGUGGUGGAUGAGGAGAGUCUUUGUGCUAACGCCAGCAGCAUCUCAGAGCAGGAUCUCCUGGCCUCUGUGAACUCCACUGGGACGCUUUGCAAUUUCAGCAUGGGAGACCUCGCAUGCUCCUCGCUGGAAUCUCUAUCUGCGGACGGCUUGGCCACACUGCUGGAGUGCAAGCUUCCCAACAGCAACAGUUAUCCCAAAGAAACCUGGAAGGCCUUCUUUGUCAAAGUGGCCGGCAUCCUUGAUGAAGCCCUUGUCCAAUAUUCUGGCAAGGUCCAAAACCUCACUCUGUCCGUGCCCACGGUCCUCGAAGUGAUACGAGAAGUCAAACUCAACGACUUAACUGAAGCGCAGUUGAAAGACAAAGCAUUCAUCAGCCAGUGGUUUAACAUCAGACUGGGGCCAUUUUUACCAUCUGUGACCCCAAUGUUCCUGACAUGCCUAACCAACCAGAGUUUCAGUUGUGAGACCUUCCAGGCUGUGGUGGCAGCUCUCAGCAACCGGUCAACAGCCAUGAAUGAGGAGCAAAAGAAAGCCAUCUUCACUAGCUUCCUGUAUCCGUUCCUAUCAAGAGGAGACUCAUCAGAUCCUGGCUGCAUUACUGGCACCGUGGGCAGCAAAGACUGGCUUCAGACUAACUUUGGCCAAUUUUCGGUUUAUGCGCCUCUGGAAGAUCUACAAAAACUCAAUGUCAACUUCUCCAGCUUUGAGUCUCUGGAACUGCUGACACCAUCCCAGGCAGCGCAGCUGACUCUGACGUCCGGAGCACUGAAUGACACCACCAAAAUCACGGCCAUCUUUCAAGUCCUGUUGGUGGGAGAUGCUCUCGAAAAUGUUGACGCGUUUCUGACGACGCUGAGCGCGGCUCCUGAGAUUCCAGAUAUUGCCCCUCCCGUGAGAGACUUUGUCAUGAACAGCACCUUCCAAGUCAUCAGUGUCAAUUUCUUGCACUUUGAUGUAUCAGCCUGGAUCUCCUGGUUCCAAGUGAAACUCAUUCCUAUUCUCCCCAGUUUCACUACAGUGAUGCUCACUCAAACAACUGCACAGGCAAACUGCACCAACUACCAAGUCAUUGUGAGAGGAAUGGGCAUCGUCUUCGAAAAGAUGCCGCUGAGCAGAAGAAAAGGAAUCGCCAACGUCCUCGUCCAACAUCUCAAGCAAUUUUCCGCCACGUUCAGCGAGAUAGCCUGCAGACUUGACAUCCGGAAUGAUGCCCAAUGGCUAGAGGUCAACCUGGGUCCUUUCGCCAAAGAAGUAGACUACUCUGCUUUGAAGGAGCUGAACAUUACAGGACUGGCAACUUUGGAUUUGCUUUCACCAGAGCAGAAAGCUGAGCUGGUUCUGGAUCCCAGCACCGGUGCUCUGGAGAAUGUGACUGUCUUGAAGGAAGUCUUUGUCAGCGUAACAGCAUCUCCAGAAGUUGAGCAACUCGACGACUUCUUCCAGACUUUUGUCAUUUUCACAAUACAGCAAAACAUCACCUACAUUACAAACACUGCUGUGAGAGACACCAUGCUCAACCUGACACUGACAGCCCUGGCUCCCAGAUUCCCCACCUUCCAACCCAGCGACUUCACCUUGUGGUUCCAAGUCAAUCUGGCUGUUCUGCUGGUCAGCAUCCGUCCUGCGAGUCUGAACGUCAUCCCCAUGAACAUCAGCUGCGACUCUCUCAAAGCCAUAAUCGGGGCUUUUGACAAAUCUUUGAAAACGCUCCCACCGGGUGUCUCAGCAGACCUCCAGUCAAGCAGAGACUACCUGGAACAGAGGUUGCCUCCAGGCUGUACACCACCACCACCUCCAGUGGGCGUGUGCGCAGAGACCGUGGUGGAUGAGGAGAGUCUUUGUGCUAACGCCAGCAGCAUCUCAGAGCAGGAUCUCCUGGCCUCUGUGAACUCCACUGGGACGCUUUGCAAUUUCAGCAUGGGAGACCUCGCAUGCUCCUCGCUGGAAUCUCUAUCUGCGGACGGCUUGGCCACACUGCUGGAGUGCAAGCUUCCCAACAGCAACAGUUAUCCCAAAGAAACCUGGAAGGCCUUCUUUGUCAAAGUGGCCGGCAUCCUUGAUGAAGCCCUUGUCCAAUAUUCUGGCAAGGUCCAAAACCUCACUCUGUCCGUGCCCACGGUCCUCGAAGUGAUACGAGAAGUCAAACUCAACGACUUAACUGAAGCGCAGUUGAAAGACAAAGCAUUCAUCAGCCAGUGGUUUAACAUCAGACUGGGGCCAUUUUUACCAUCUGUGACCCCAAUGUUCCUGACAUGCCUAACCAACCAGAGUUUCAGUUGUGAGACCUUCCAGGCUGUGGUGGCAGCUCUCAGCAACCGGUCAACAGCCAUGAAUGAGGAGCAAAAGAAAGCCAUCUUCACUAGCUUCCUGUAUCCGUUCCUAUCAAGAGGAGACUCAUCAGAUCCUGGCUGCAUUACUGGCACCGUGGGCAGCAAAGACUGGCUUCAGACUAACUUUGGCCAAUUUUCGGUUUAUGCGCCUCUGGAAGAUCUACAAAAACUCAAUGUCAACUUCUCCAGCUUUGAGUCUCUGGAACUGCUGACACCAUCCCAGGCAGCGCAGCUGACUCUGACGUCCGGAGCACUGAAUGACACCACCAAAAUCACGGCCAUCUUUCAAGUCCUGUUGGUGGGAGAUGCUCUCGAAAAUGUUGACGCGUUUCUGACGACGCUGAGCGCGGCUCCUGAGAUUCCAGAUAUUGCCCCUCCCGUGAGAGACUUUGUCAUGAACAGCACCUUCCAAGUCAUCAGUGUCAAUUUCUUGCACUUUGAUGUAUCAGCCUGGAUCUCCUGGUUCCAAGUGAAACUCAUUCCUAUUCUCCCCAGUUUCACUACAGUGAUGCUCACUCAAACAACUGCACAGGCAAACUGCACCAACUACCAAGUCAUUGUGAGAGGAAUGGGCAUCGUCUCCGAAAAGAUGCCGCUGACCAGAAGAAAAGGAAUCGCCAACGUCCUCGUCCAACAUCUCAAGCAAUUUUCCGCCACGUUCAGCGAGAUAGCCUGCAGACUUGACAUCCGGAAUGAUGCCCAAUGGCUAGAGGUCAACCUGGGUCCUUUCGCCAAAGAAGUAGACUACUCUGCUUUGAAGGAGCUGAACAUUACAGGAGCAUCAGUGAUCUCAUCUUUCACCGCAGGGCAGAAAGCAGAGUUCAUACUGGACUCCAGCAAUGGUGCAACCCAGGAUGAAUCUCUCGUUGGGAAUAUUGUUACUAGCCUGCUAGAGUCUAAUGAUGAGAGUCAACUCACAGGUUUUUUCACUUCAGUCAAUAACAUUGCAGUUGAGAAAAACUUGACAACCAUCCCUACAGGUGUGCGGGACAUUGUUUUGAACCUGACCCUGACUGGACUUGCUCCCAAGUUCCACUACUUCAGUCCAGAGAAUUUCGCUCUGUGGUUCCAGAACUAUCUUGUUCUUUUCCUACCCAGCAUCGAUCCUACGGGCCUUGCCGUAAUUCCAACAAACAUCAGCUGUGACUCCUACCGUGAAAUAGUGGAAGGAUUUAACAGUGUUUUUGCUCAGCUGUCAGUUGUACAGUCAGAAAACAUCUUCAGCUUCAACAAACAAUACAUGAUGGGCCAAUCAACAGGUCUGUCCUGUGUCCAGUCUGUUGGCAGUGACAAGGAUUGGAUCCUUAAAAACUUUGGGCAGUUCAGUAUUUUUGCCCCAUAUACAGACUUAUUGUUGCUGAAGAGCGAUUUUAAUGGGGUGGAGGCUAGGGAGGUCCUCACAGAGACCCAGCUGUCUGAGCUGGCUUCCAUCCCAGGCCAGCUGAAGAGCCCGGAAGAUGUGCAAAAGGUCAUGGCAGAAAUCACACCAACCAACUUUGCAGCAUUCUUCAAAGUUGUAUCUCCUGCCAUUGAGAAACUUCAGGACAACUACACUGUGGAGGUGAAAGCUGUGUUUCUUCAGGCAAUCUUUGACCGAGGAAACCUUUCAUCGCCAACGGUCCCAGACUUAGAGAUUGUAAUCUGGGUGAAUGUUCUCCUACGUCCCCUCCUAAACAGUUUGUCCAUAGCCCAAGUUGCUCCAUACUUCAGUAUCAUCAAAGACCGAUCCUGCAACAUCAUUCAAGAGGGUAUUAACGCACUAGAUUCCAGUCAUUCUUCGCUGACAAGUGAGAUUCAGAAGGAGAUCGAACACAACAUCCAGCUACUAUUGAAAGGGCCAACCCCGGUCCGCUGCUAUAGUGGUGGAAGCUUCUACAUCUUCCUGAAAAGUACCUUCCUUAACUUCGGAUUCCCUGAUUUGUCAAACUUCCUCUCUCUGAUACCCUACGACCGCCAACCUGAGAUACUGAACUCCAUCAAGCCAUCUGAACUGAAUGCUUACCUCAGUGAGCCAUCCGUCAUCACCAACUCUUCAGACCUCUGCAUCGUCCUUAGCAACUACAAUAAAACCCUUGAUUACCUGGAACUGGUAACGGAUCCUCAGUUGCAGCAGCAGAUCCUUCCCUGUGUGUGGUCUCUGGCGUUGAGUGCCACAACACCUGAUAAGGCCAAGCGUUGGUUUGAUGUUGCCCUGAAGAACUAUCUGAAGUUCCUCACCAAGGACCUCAUCAGUGUGUCUUUUAUCCAAAAGGCCUCCUGCCUGUCCUACAGAAAACUAGUCUCCAUCAUGGGCAGCAGCUUCAACUACAGCACCGCUAAUUUCACACAGUCUGAUGUUUACGCCUCCAUCAAGGCCUACCUUACCCAGGAUGGCACACCUCGCUGCUACAAUGCCACCGUCUCAGAGCUGAACUCCACAGCCUGGUUUGUGGACUACAUCGGCCCAUUCAUCAGUUACGCCUCAGUCAGUGACCUUCAGUCCUUCUGCUCUUCCAGCCAGCUGGGUAUCUUCCUGGAGAAUCCUGCAAACAUUCAGCUCUUUGGCAACUCUGCCGUCUCCUCCACUGUCACUUCCUACUUCAUAACACAACUCUACACCCUCAAUCCCACUUUCAGCCCAGUCAGUCUCCCAGGUAACUUGCUGUGUCUUGCACCCGUGUCUGCCUACGAGGACUUGGGCAAGAUUGACAGCAUCACCAUGCUGUACCGCCUGAAGCUGAUCUGCAAUGGGACUAAACCUGAGAUUUCUGCCGCCUUGGUGGCCAAUCUGCCCCAGAUCUCUGCCAAUACCAUCCAGUCUCUAGGCAAUGAGAGCACCAGCUUGACAGUGGGCCAGAUCAGCCAGACCUCAUCUAGUGUGCUUGUUUCCUCACUGAGCACGCUCAGUGUGGUCAGUGGUUGGAACCAGGGACAGGUCAACGCCAUCAUCCAGUCCAUCACACAAACCAUGCAGAUUACCACGGCAGCCACCUUAGUCUCUCUGGGAACCCUUAUCCAGGGUGUUCCCACAGCGAUGAUAUCCAGCAUCACCUCUACGCAGCUUCUGACCACAAUCUCUAACACUGUGUUCAUCAACAACAUGCUAACCGCACCCACCAUUGUGCAGCAGACCUACAUCAAGAAGAUAAUCACCAUAGAUCAGAGCAUAACGCAGCUGAUGGUAAAUGUGCCUAAUGCACUGGCUGGCUUCAUUCCCCGAGUUCUGCUGACCUCUUCCAACUCGGCCAUCGCAUCACAGCUCAACCAGAAGACAUGGAAGCCACAACAGGCUGUGAUGUUCUUUGACACGGUCGCAUCUGCUAUAGAUGACACAGAAGAGCUGUCCCAAUCUGUGUUACAAGGGUUUUCCUGUAGCUCAGUGCAGACAAUAUCGAAGGUGAAAGUGCAACGCCUCAUCCGGGCCUGUAGGCCACGUCUUGGUCGCCGUAAGGUGGUACUGGGAGAGUCUCAGCUGACUUGCAUGUACAACUAUGAGAAAAGUGAAGCCUCACAGAACUUCACAGAAUACCCCACAGAUAUGCUGCUGUACUUCAAUUAUGACCAGGUAGACAAGGCCAACUGCAAGUCCUACUUCCAAGCCCUCAGUUCUGCAGACUUUUCUGUCAUUUCCAGUGGUCUAAGCAUUAAAACAACACUGUGGAACAAUGCCAAGAGCUGUUUGGGUAUCACUGGUUUCAGCCUCAGCGCUGAGGACGUGGGUAUCCUGGGCAACAUGGUGUGCACCCUGGAUGGCACCUACAUCCAGAACUCUGACCCGGCCAUUCUGGAGAAACUGAAGAACUGCCCAGACUUCACAGAUGCCCAGGUCUCAGCCAUAGAGACCCUCCUAUUCACAAGAAACACAAUAUAUGGAAACUCAUCCACAUGGAAUCAGCAGACUCUGCAGGAUCUGGGCAUCCUCCCCCUGUACCUCACACAGACCUUCUGGGACAAUUUCAGCACGUCGGAGAAAAGAGCGUUCCUCAGGUCCUUCCUGCCGUCACUGAGGAGCCAGAAGGUCCAGAAGAGGAAACUGCGGAGGCUCUUCAAGCGGUGCAACCGCCAGUUCAGACGUCGGUUCAUACGCAGAGCAGGAUGUGUGCUUGGGAACAUCACUGAGUCGACCGUCAAUGAUCCGUCCUUCCCAUUCGGUUACGAUGCAACGCAGUUCGACCUCUGUCUGGACUUGGACAUCCUCAAGAACAACCUGGCCACAGUAACUAAAAAGGUGGACGAUGAAGACUUCCAGACCAUUAUCCUGGCCAAGUUAAACCAGGCAUACCCAGAGGGCCUAAAGGACUCAGAGCUCCAGCUCCUGGGUUCCACAGCCCGCGUGGCCACCACAGAUGACAUCAGUAAGUGGAAGAUCACCCUAAUCGACACGCUGGCAGCACUAAUGAACACAGACGAUGGAGAGUGGAACACCACAAUGAGUAAAGCAGUCAUUAUGAAGUACCUGAGCACAGCCAAAAACACACUUGGCAGCGACGAGAUCAACACCAUUGGCUCCAAGCUCUGCGGUCUGGACACCAGUGUGCUGAGUAGCAUUACAUCAGCCAGCUUAAAGGACGCAGAGACUAUGGACCUGAGCUCCUGCUCCGGCCAGCAGAAGACUGCCCUCUACACCACUGCCAAGGUCUCCUUCCUCUCAGUUAGACAGCAAAGGAGCACCAGAGCCGCCACCUCGUAUUACCAACUCAUCAGCCCGUACCUGGGCGGUGCUUCCCUGGCUGACAUCCGUAGCCUGGCAGCAGAGAAUGUUAGCAUGGACAUCACCACAUUCCUUACCCUCAAUCGUGAUGUCAUUAAGAAUCUAAGCGUGAGCGAAGUUCUUGGACUCCUCGGCUCAAUCAACAUUAACGACCUGAAGACCUUUGAGAACAACUCCAUUAUCAAGGCAUGGAUCACUGAGCAGCUUCAGUCGGAGCUCGACAAGCUGGGUCUUGGUUUGACAGGAGGGAAAGCCUCUGUUGCCACUGUUACUGCCACACCUUUGGCCAAUGCUACAAACAAUGCCAGUAACACCACCACCACCACCGCCACAACAGUUCGCCCUUCCACUAAUAGAGGAGAUGUGUCUCACCAGAACUCCUUGGCCCUGAGGAUGUGUGUGUUGCUCAUAUCGCUCCUGAUGCUGCAUUGACCAUGAACCUAUAUGGGCAUGUGCGCAGUAGCGUACUUUAAAUUCUAUUGUGUAUUACUUCAUUUGUAUUCAUGCUACUUUUUCUUCUAUUUAUCUUUUAGAUUGCUGAAUUGUGUAUUUUAAUUGAAAAUGCUCACAUAAUUUAUUUAUCCUUUAAGUAAUUGUUAACUUCUCUAAAUUACAUAAUAUAAUGUCAGAUGUGCUCAAUCAUUAUACAUCACUAAUAAAUUAAUCUACUAUA